CGCGCCGGCGAUUUUUUUUCACAUUGGCGCGGACCGCCGUACCGAUUGCACGUGUCGCCUCGCGCGCUUUACCGCAACGUCGCCGUCGCAUACACGCACGUCCCGCAUAGGCCUAUACUGCUGCUUGUUCUAGUGCAGCACGCGUCCCACAUAUCUGCGCGCGCCGCCCACCGUGUUUAUAUAUUUACCAUAUUGUUUUGCGGCUUGUCUUUGCUCGUCGCCGUCCCAUGCACGGCCCGAGUAGCGCAGUGGCCUGCGCGCUGUGGUUGACAUGCGUGGCGCUACUUCUGACGGCCGAAGGGGCCGCUCCGGGGACCCGCCGUCACGAUAGACGCGUCCGGCCAGGGUCGGCGGUGGCCGCGGACCGGUCCGCCAACAACGCCGCCGGCGCCGCGAUGGACGCCGAUGACUACGACCGCGACAACUACGACGAAGACUACGAAGACAGUGGAGAUUCCCAAAAGCGGCCGCCACCACCGCCGCCGCCACCACCGCCGAAAACGUCUGCGUCACUCACCCCCGACCACCGUGAAUCGAUAAACAAAUCUUCAUUGGACUCUUAUCCCCCAACUUUACUACCACCUGUACAACCACCGUACGAAAAACACCCCUCAGAACCUAACCAACCAGAGCAGUACCCAAGUGAAACAAAAGAUGAUCCAACUACUCAACGAUCUGAUCAAGAACCUGAUAUACCAGAUGAACCACCAGAAACACCAGAUGAACCACCAGAAAUACCAGAUGAACCACCAGAAAUAUUGGACAAACCUCAAGAAAGACCAAUAGAACUACCAGAAACACGAGAGGUACCUCAGGAAAGUCCAGAAAAUGUUACGGAGGGACAAAAAGAGUUCAUAGAAACAACAGAAAGGUCGGAGGAACCCGCAGAAAGGCCAGAAGAGCCCAUGGAAAUACCUGAAGCACCCAUAGAAAUACCAGGAGAACCUACAGGAAGUCCAAAAGAGGUUACAGAAAGGCCAAAUGAACCAGCAGAAAGGCCAGAAGAGCCCAUAGAAAUACCAGAAGAACCCACUGAAAUUCUAGAAAAACAAGCUGAAAAUCCAGAACCCACCGAAAAACCUGCAGAAAUACCAGAAGAGUCUCAAAGAUUUGAUUUAACUGAAAUUCCGUAUAUAUCUAGAACACCAGUAUAUAAUACAACGAAAUAUAAAGAGACUAAUGAGUAUAAAACAAUAAUUAAGAGUUCAUAUAUUCCACCACGACCUGUAGAAGAAAUUACUAGUGAACCACCAUUUAAACAACCAAUGAAAAUUACACCAUUUAGAUCACCACUAAAUAAAACCGUCAUAAACCGAAAACAAGAAGUUUUCAAAGAAUCUCAUGUUUACAUAGACAGUGAUUUCCAACAAGUGCCACACUCAACAAUACCACCAUUCUAUUCAGUUCCAUCUAUUCGAGGAGAACCAGGUCUUCAAGGCGAACCAGGAAAACCUGGACAAUAUGGUGAACGAGGUGUCCCUGGUACACCGGGAGUCCCAGGAAUGCCUGGAAUUCCCGGACCAACUCCGGAUGUUAGCACAUAUUACCAGCAAUUAGCUCAAGUUCACGGAAAUCUAGAUAAAGGUCCUAUAAAUAGCGGUUAUCCACCAGAAGCAUUCCAUACUAUGCAAGCACAAGUUGGACCAGUUGGAACGAGAGGACCUCCCGGUCCUCCUGGACCUCCUGGACCCCAAGGAUUCCAAGGACCUCGUGGAGAAACUGGUGAUGGUGGUGCACCAGGCCCUGCUGGCCCAGUUGGGCCUAGAGGUAUUCCUGGAUUACCCGGUAGGGAUGGAGAACGAGGCCAUGAUGCAGAACCAGGACAACCGGGUACUAUUGGUCCUGCUGGACCUAGAGGUUUACCUGGAAUGCCAGGUAUACCAGGAAUGAAGGGUCACAUAGGUUUCCCUGGCAUCGACGGAGCAAAAGGUGAACAAGGAGCAAUCGGCGAAAAGGGAUCUAUUGGGUCUCCUGGUCAACCCGGUAUUACUGGUUCAGUAGGUCCUAUUGGUGCACGGGGAGAAAGAGGCAGGGAAGGACCACCUGGACCACCAGGAAUUCGAGGUGCUGAUGGUUUACACGGAGCUAUUGGUCCUCCAGGAAAUAUUGGGAAAGCUGGUCCACCAGGGUUUCCGGGUUCAGUUGGUGCAAAAGGAGAUCUAGGAUUACCAGGACCUAAGGGUAGUUUUGGUUUGCAAGGACCAAGAGGGGAAUCUGGAAAAUCUGGCGAAUCAGGUGAACCAGGUAUUCCAGGAACACCAGGAAAAGAUGGUAAUCAAGGAGAAAAAGGCAGUCCAGGAGCUAGUGGACCUAUUGGUCCAUCUGGUUUUCCAGGACCUCGAGGUGCUCCAGGAGAAACAGGUAGUGUCGGACCACCUGGCAUAAAAGGAGCUGAUGGAUUAAAUGGCGAGCGUGGUUAUAAAGGAGAAGCAGGAAUAAAGGGUGAAACUGGAGCUCCUGGCCCAAGAGGAUUACCUGGUAUUGAUGGGCCGGAAGGAAAACGAGGCAGAAAAGGUUCUGAAGGUCCUCGAGGACUAACCGGAAUUCAAGGCGAACGCGGUAUUCCCGGUGAACGUGGAUUACCAGGUCCAGACGGAUCACCAGGCACCAAGGGAUCACUUGGUGAUCGAGGAUUAGAAGGGCCUCCCGGUUCAAAAGGUGCUGUUGGUGAUACUGGACGGCCGGGCAUGACGGGUCUUCAAGGUUUGAGUGGAUCUAUAGGUAAACCAGGACCUCCAGGAAAGUCUGGACCACCAGGUGAACGUGGUAUACCUGGUGCAGAUGGAAAGGUUGGAGAACCAGGAUCACCAGGUCUGCAAGGUUUACCAGGACCAAUAGGUCCACCAGGUGAUAAAGGUUUAACUGGAGUAACAGGAGCAGCUGGUGAAGUCGGACCCCCGGGUGCACCAGGUCCCAGAGGUGAUUCAGGAAAAGAAGGACCUCCAGGCAAUGCUGGUAUACCUGGUAAGCCAGGGUUGGACGGGGAAAGAGGAGCAGUUGGCCCACCGGGAUCCAUUGGUUCUCAAGGUGUACCCGGAGUACCUGGGAACCCGGGUCAGCCUGGUAAAGAUGGCGAACAAGGUCAACAAGGACCAGCAGGAAAACAUGGUGAAGCAGGAACUAGAGGUGAACGUGGAUUUCCUGGCGAGAGAGGCCCUAUAGGUCAUUCAGGACUACAAGGAGUUAAAGGAGAACCAGGAGUUGCUGGUCCUGAUGGGCCAACUGGAUUACAAGGUAUUAGAGGUGACAAAGGACAUUCAGGAUCACCAGGUUUAAUGGGUAUACCAGGGUUGAGAGGUGAACAAGGACUACCUGGUUUAAAAGGAGAACGAGGUUCUACUGGAACGCAAGGAUCAUCCGGUUCACCGGGUCCUGCUGGCGAAAGAGGACCUCAAGGAUUUGUUGGUCCAAUUGGUCCACCUGGUGAACCAGCCGAACGAGGUGAGCCCGGAUCUACAGGACCUCCAGGAGAGCCCGGCGCACCAGGCACACCCGGCGAGAGAGGGUCAUUUGGACCUCAAGGUGUUCAAGGUUUUCCUGGGUCACCGGGGUCAGUAGGUAUGCCAGGUCUAAAAGGCGAUAGAGGAGACACAGGUAUGAAAGGAGACCAAGGAAAUACCGGAUCAAUUGGAAAAAUGGGAGAAUCUGGUCUUCCUGGUGCCAUGGGUUUAAUUGGUCCAAAAGGUAGUCGUGGAGAUCAAGGUAAUAAAGGAGAUAUGGGAUUAAUGGGAAUACCAGGCAGAGUUGGAGAACGAGGACCACUGGGAUAUCCUGGGCCGACUGGACCUCCAGGACCACCAGGUUUGAUUGGAGCAAAAGGAUGGCAAGGUGAACCGGGAAAACAGGGUGUGCCAGGAAAUGUUGGAGCACCAGGUUUACGCGGAUUAGAUGGCCCCAAAGGUGAAACUGGUGCAGAUGGAGCUUCAGGACCAGUAGGACCAAUUGGUCCACAGGGAGCCGUAGGAGAAAGGGGACUGAUAGGAGUUCCAGGCAGUCAAGGACCAAUAGGAAUGCGAGGAACACAAGGUCUACCAGGUGAUAAAGGAUCUCCAGGAAAACCAGGAUCAGAUGGUUCACAGGGAGUUCAAGGUUUAGCUGGACCUCCAGGUUCUCCGGGACCUCAAGGUGAAAGAGGUCAAGAUGGAGCUACUGGUUUACCUGGAGCCCCAGGAAUCAGCGGAAGGCCAGGAGAUAAAGGCCCACCUGGAUCACCUGGUAAUCUAGGUAGUCCAGGUUCACCAGGAAUGAUUGGUCCACAAGGCUUACCUGGUCCAACUGGAAACCCAGGUGAACGAGGUUUACGCGGUGAAAAUGGUCCACAGGGUGUAGAAGGACCUCCUGGCCAAAGAGGUAAAGCAGGACCUCCCGGAGUUCAAGGAGAAAAAGGAGAUAAAGGAGACAUAGGCCCUGAAGGAAUGAAAGGUCAUAAGGGCUUAAUGGGCUUACAGGGACUACCAGGUGCCCCAGGUGCUGAUGGUCAAAAGGGUAAUAAUGGGUAUCCUGGACCUCCUGGACCAGUUGGUGAACAAGGAACAAAAGGACCCCCCGGACAAGAUGGAAAUCCUGGAUUACAAGGUUUAGUGGGACAACCUGGUCCUAGGGGAUUAACUGGGGAACGAGGUCCUGAUGGAAUACCAGGAGCAUCUGGUUUACCUGGACCACCUGGACCUCCAGGUGAAGCAUUGGCAUAUGACAUGGCUGCACUAACAGCUUUAUUAACACAAGGACAUAGCAAGGGACCAAAUGAUGGUACGCAUCAAGAUCAACCUGACAAAAUGUCAGAAACAGAGAGACGCGAAUUAAUAUUCAAUGCAUAUAAAAAAUUGAAAACGUCAUUUGAGAAGUUUAAGAAACCGAACGGUGAAAAGGAUAACCCAGCCAAGACAUGUAAAGAUUUAUAUGCUGCUUAUCCCGAUCUUGAAAGCGGAGAAUAUUGGGUGGAUCCCAAUGAAGGAGAUGUUCGUGACGCGGUACUCGUACGAUGCGAUCAGAUUACAAAGAGCACAUGUGUAAAACCCCAACCAGAUCAUAUAGGUCCAAUAGAUUUUGAAAAUAGAAAUCCUCAACCAGAAAUUUGGUUAUCUGAAUUUGGAUAUACUGGACAGAUAUCAUACAAAGCUGAUAGCAAUCAAAUCAGUUUUUUACAACUAUUGUCAGAAUCAGCUAGUCAGAAUUUAACAUACCACUGUAAAAAAUCGAUUGGCUAUUUUGAUGCUGAAAACAGAUCAUACAAAAAAGGAUUGAAAUUAGUUGGAUUUAAUGAUGCCGAUAUUACACCAAGAGGCAAUCCAAAAAUGAAAUACACUGCUAUUGAAGAUGAAUGCAAGACUCGGUCACAAGAAUGGAAAAAAACUACAAUUUCAUAUACAACUGAUCGGCCAUCUCGCUUACCAAUCGUAGAUGUUGUUCUACGAGACUUUAAUGAAAUUGGCCAAAGUUUUAGCAUACAUUUGAGUCCAGUGUGUUUUGUAUAAAUAAAAAAAAACAUUUAUUAA